GAUUGUCAUCAUUUUGUAUCUGUUGUGUAGAGUUGAUGUUGUUUGUCUUUGUUGGUAUAGGCCUCAGGAUUUCUUUUCUUUUGUUUCUUGGUAGUAAUAUUUCGCGUUAGCCAACAAUAGCAUUGCUAACUCUUCCAGUCGUUAUUAGAGAAUAGGUUUAGCCCCGGAGCUAAUUUUCUAGUGUUGUGUUUAUCCGCUCAGACGAUCAAACUGAAAAAAGUAAGGACACUCUACUGCUGCUCCAUCCAUCUGGUUUGGCAAAGUGUGAUCACUGACCUUUCUUAGCACCGGUGCCUGUGUUUCCUGACUCGGCUGCUGUACUUACAUAUCGUCGACCUGUAGUUUUGCACCAUCUCAGGCCGCCUCAUCCAUAACAGUCCCUAUCUAUCAAUGGCUGGGCGUGGUGGUGGUGCAAACAGGCCUAAUGGAGCUGGAGCAGCAAACAAAAUCUGCCAGUUCAAACUGGUACUGCUGGGGGAGUCGGCAGUGGGCAAAUCCAGCUUAGUGCUGCGCUUUGUCAAAGGCCAGUUUCAUGAAUUCCAGGAGAGUACCAUUGGAGCUGCCUUCCUUACACAGACUGUCUGUCUGGAUGACACCACUGUGAAGUUUGAGAUCUGGGACACCGCAGGUCAAGAGCGCUACCACAGCCUGGCUCCUAUGUACUACAGAGGUGCUCAAGCAGCCAUUGUGGUCUAUGACAUCACCAACACAGACACUUUUGCACGUGCAAAGAACUGGGUGAAGGAGCUACAGAGACAGGCCAGUCCUAACAUAGUGAUUGCUCUGGCAGGCAACAAGGCAGAUAUUGCAAAUAAAAGAGCUGUUGAGCUUCAGGAAGCACAAGCGUAUGCUGACGACAACAGUCUGCUCUUCAUGGAAACCUCCGCAAAGACUGCUAUGAAUGUCAAUGAAAUUUUUAUGGCUAUUGCAAAGAAGCUACCAAAGAAUGAUACUCAGGCCGGUACUGGACCAGGGGGGCGGACGAGGACAGGAGUGGAUCUACAAGAAGCCACCCCUCAGGGUCGCAGCACUGGCUGCUGCGGCGGCCAUUAGCAAAUACACAACGAUGAACUUAGCGAAUGAGCUUUGAGCAUAAGAACAGCACGUAGCUAAAGCCCAGAGAGGCAGGAGAGGGCAGAGCCAUUCACCCCUCCUGCACUUAAACUGAGAUUACAGAUGAGAUUAUCUGGAUCCUCUUUGAUUAAAGGAACUUUUUUUUAAAAAAAUAAAAUCAUAAGCUAGAGGGAACUCCUAGCAUCCCUCACUACUUCUCUUCUGUCUUUCCCCUGUUUGUCUGUCUACCUCCCAUUUCAUCUUCAGCCUCUGUCUCAGCUGAUUAUUAACUGUCUGAAUUUACUUUUGUGAAGCGUGAUGCUGAGGUUGUUUGCUAUUAUCUCUUUGAGCAUGUGUGUAUGUUUUAAAUGUGUGUCUGUCUGUAUAUAGUAUAUACAGCAUACAAUAUAUAUUUAUACAUGCACACACAUGUUUUCUACUCAUGUAAUUUUCCUCUACUUUAGUGUUUAUGGAAACUAUAAAUAUCCCAAUAUUGUUAUUGCUGAAAUUGCAAAUGACAUUUUUCUUCUUUUUUGUCAUUUUGCAGUUUAGAUCAUUUACACCUGGUUUAACAUGUGAUAAUACAUCUGCAUAGCUGGGGGUUGGCAUAGUGCCUCCCAAGUCCUGAAAAAAAGUGCUACUUGUGGAUAUUAUUGAAUUUAUUUUAGUGUUUCCAAGUGAAGACUUUUUAUUUCUGCUAAACGUGUGAAGCUUGCAGUGCGGCUUUGUUUGGCUUGGACAAUAAAUACGGCCAGAUUGUGCCGACUGACUUAAUUUACAUCUAACUGCGAUCCAGUCGUGGAAAUUGUUGCGACCUGGAUGAUAGCAAUCCUAGUGCAUGGAUUUACACUCACGGUUUUUCCUAAUUUUUCCUUCUCCAAGGAAUAAAGAAACAUCACAUUUUAUGCCAGGUGUAAAGGAGGUAUUUGCUAUUCCUGGGAAGGAUCCAGAUGAGACGCAGGCUGAAAAACUUUGCCUGUUGAAGCGCGUCAUGAUUUGAUAGUCCACACAUCUGAAGAUGUUUCUGAAAUGUGCAACAAAUACAGUUGUUUUCAUUCAUUGUGUAUUGAUAUCUGUAACACCAGAGUUUUAAGUCUUUUUUUAAAAGAAAUGUGAAAUAACUUGUAAAUCUAAAGUAAUAAAUAACAUGCAAGACUA